AUGAGCGCCUCUCCAGCUACCGUUGGUCUUCCGCCACAGACUCCAUCUAAGCCCGACUCCUCUGCGCAAGCGUCGACCUCGGAGAAACGCACUCCCCCCUCUCAUCUAAGGUCCUCAGUGGCGACGUCUACUGCUGGACAGAUCCUCAAUCAACAUCUCUUUCACCUGAACGCAAAAGAUAUGGAAGGGAAAUGGUUGGGCCCCAUUGCCAUCGAUAAAUUCAAGAAAGAUUUCGGACCCAAGUCUCGCAAUGGUCACAACUUGCCCACCGUGAAUCUCUUCAAGGACUUCGACACGACCGUCAAGGGCGAAAAAGCAUUCGUUCAAUCCAUUCUCGACAGUGGUCUACUGAAGGGUAGCGACCUAUGGUGCAAGGAUACCCACAACAUUUUUGGACGGGACGUGACCACCGACGCCGAUCACGCGUUGAAGUUCUCCCCAGACGUGUCGUUCAUGGGCAGCGAUUACCUCGACAUGAAAGCAAGAAGCGAGGAGCGUUUGGAGCGGCUUCUGGGAGAUAUAUUGUUUUUCGGCGAUCUGAAGGGCAGCAAUAGUCAAGAUCCUUGCCGCUACAUCACGAGCGACGCUGAUCGUGCUCUUCUGGGAAGCGUCGCCGUGGAUGGCGCUGACUCGGACCUGGCCUUACUAGUGCGCGGGCAGUUUGCUUGCUACGCGCGUGCCAUCUGCGCAAACAGUCAUCGCACACAUCUUCACGCCUUCAUCAUUCUGCCCGAAUACGCCCGCUUGCUUUACUUCGAUCGCAGUGGUGUCGCAUUCUCCGAACUCUUCGAUUGGAGGAAUACGACACAUCUCGCCGAGUUUAUUCUGAACUUCGCUCAGGCUUCGGCCCUUGAGCGUGGUAUUGACACCUCGGUGACCAAGGUUCCUCGUCAAGAUACCCUUGUGCAGCAGGCGCACAAGAUAUUCCGGGAGGCGCGGGAAGCCAACGACGUGUUGCCGGAUGAGGUCACCUGGGAAAGCGUCUUCAAGUCCACCAAGAGUGAACAUACGACGUACUGGCUGUGCAACGUUUACGACGAGGUGUCAACAACUUUCCACCGCGUUCUCACAUAUCGCGUACAUACCUCGUCUCCGUACUUCGCCGGGCGCGCCACGAAGGGCUAUAUCGGGGUUGACAUCGACGAGGGGAUCGUUGCGUACAUGAAGCGCAGUUGGCGCAUCGCCGAUGACGCUUUUCCCAAGGAGCGCGACAUCUAUCGCUUAUUCGACACUCCCGACAAGAACGGCAAAAGCGUCCCUCAUUUACCCGGGUGCUACUUCGGCGGCGACGUACCACGCGACUCAGACGCGCUGUCUGCGCAUUACUUCGAGUGGAAGUCCACCGCGAAGCCCGGAGAGACCUGGACACCGCCCUCCUCCAUCGAGUUCUUCAAGACCAGGAUGGCCGAUUACGCGGAUGCACACCAGGAGUACAAGGAUAUCCGUCGCGGCGCCUCAGCUCUCGGUCGCGCUAGCCUGACGGAUGCGGAUAUCGAGAUGACGUCGUACAUCUUGACUGUGACGCUUUUCAAGAGGAUUGGGAGCAAGCUUCGCAACUUCAAGAGCACUCGCCAGCUCUGUAUUGCGGUUCGCGACGCCAUCGAAACCCACGACGCGGCAUACCAUCUGUGGAAUGUGCUUCAUCGUGACAUCAGCGAGGGGAAUAUCCUCAUCGCCAAGGUCAAGGGCAAGCCGGGACAAGUGGAAGGUCUGCUCAUCGACUGGGAUCUCUGCAUCGAACUCAAGAAAUAUACUGAAGCGCGCCGUAAGAGCCGCACGGGAACUUGGGCGUUUAUGUCAGCCCGUAUGCUCGAACAGCCAAAGGGCUUUGCGCACGAAAUAUUUGACGAUCUGGAGUCUUUUUGUCACGUCUUACAUUGGCAUGUUCUUCGCUUCCGGCAUACGACUGGUUUAGGCCCGGGCAAGAAGGGGGAUCUAUGGGCUGCCAUGGGUCGAAUCUUCAACCCUGACGAGACCCAGUUGACCGCCGGUGCCGCUGCGGACCAGAAGCAGAACCUCUUGAGGGGAUCUAUCAAACCUGUCACACAGGCCAGGAGGACCAUUCACCCGCGAGAGGUCCAGGACAUCAUGGUCGCGUUCUGCAAACCCUUCAAGCUAUACUACGCGCAGCCUCCGGACGCCCCGACUGUUUUCGAGCUCGACGAUCCCGAUUUUAUGGUCGAGUACGAUAAGCUCGUCGCCGAUCACGAGGCCGACGUCGAUAAAGGAUAUAAGAUGUGCACCCACGCGUAUAUGCGACGCGUUUUGACCGCCCAUAUCGACGCCAACGAGUCGUGGGUCCAAGACGGGCCUUCUCAAGACCAGUACCCGCCCCACAUCCGUCAAGCUGCGGCUCAGGACAAAGAUAUCGAUCCCUUCUACCGGGAGACGGCGACGGGCGUCAGCAUCAGCCGACCAUCCGAAGUCGCCAAGGCGCCGUCGAAGCGCCCGUUCGGCGACUCCGACGGGACGCUCUUCGACUCGCGCUUCUAUAGCCAUGGAUCUGGUCGUACGAGCGGUUACACCACCGAGGUCACCGCCGCCAGCGAUACAACAGAUGGUGCGCGCAAGAAACAGCGCACGGCUUAG